AUGCCGCCUAAACAGUCUAAAAAGGAGGUCAUUACCGAAAAACAAGUGAAAGAGAAGCUUGUGGAGCUGGCCAGACCUUCAGAGCCGGUUGAAGAGACCGCAUAUGUUGGUUCUGACUCAGCCAAUUGGCUUAGGAUCGAGGCAAUUCUGGCACCCGUGCUCUUUACUCUCUUAUCGUUCUUCGUUAGAAUGUACAAGAUUGGAGCCAAUGGAAACGUCGUUUGGGACGAGGCCCAUUUUGGAAAGUUUGGUUCUUACUACCUAAGACACGAGUUCUACCACGAUGUUCAUCCCCCUUUGGGUAAAAUGUUGGUGGGGCUUUCUGGUUAUCUUGCCGGCUACAACGGUUCGUGGGACUUCCCUUCAGGACAAGAAUACCCAGAAUACAUCGAUUUCGUGAAAAUGCGGUUGUUCAACGCCACUUUCAGCUCUUUAUGUGUUCCAUUUGCUUACUUCACCAUGAAAGAAAUUGGGUUUGAUUUGAAAACCGUUUGGCUGUUCACGUUGAUGGUCACACUGGAAACUUCGUACACAACGUUGGGUCGUUUCAUUCUGCUCGACUCCAUGCUUCUGUUCUUCACCGUGGCCACUGUGUUCAGCAUGGUUCGUUUCCACAACGAAAACAGAAAAGCUAACAAUUCGUUCAGUCGUAAAUGGUGGAAAUGGCUGCUGUUGACAGGAAUCUCUAUUGGAUGCACCUGUUCCGUCAAGAUGGUUGGUCUUUUCGUCACCGCGUUGGUUGGAAUUUACACAAUGCUCGAUCUUUGGGAGAAGUUUGGUCAAUUACGCACAACCAUGUCUUUGAAACGUUACACUGCUCACUGGGCCUCUAGAAUUGUGGGACUGAUCAUUGUUCCAAUGAUUGUGUUCUUGGUUUGUUUCAAAGUGCACUUUGAUCUCCUGUUUGGCUCUGGUCCAGGUGACGCCAACAUGUCCUCAUUGUUCCAGGCCAAUCUUGUUGGAUCGGAUCUCAACUCCGGUCCAAGAGACGUGAUGACUUUGAACUCGGCAGUCACCUUGAAAAACCAAGGUCUGACUGGAGGUCUGCUCCAUUCUCACGUCCAGACGUUCCCAGAAGGUUCCAACCAGCAACAGGUCACUACCUAUUCUCACAAGGAUUCCAACAACGACUGGAUCUUCGAAUUGUCCAGAGACGACCCAAGAAACGAGUUCACCGAGCCUCACUACGUUGUCGACGGAAUGACCGUCCGGUUGAUCCACAAACAGACAGGAAGAAAUUUACAUACCCACGAAAUUCCUGCCCCUGUUUCGAGUUCUCAGUACGAGGUGUCUGGAUACGGAAACCUCACCAUUGGAGACCAGAAGGAUAACUGGGUUGUGGAGGUCAUGGACCAACACGGGUCGGAAGACAAACUCAGACUGCACCCACUCACCACCUCUUUUAGACUUAGAUCCGAGGUGUUGGGAUGUUACUUGGCUACCACCGGUAUUGCUCUUCCUCACUGGGGUUUCCGUCAAGGAGAAGUUGUUUGUAUGAAGUCACCAUUUACUAGGGAUAAACGCACAUGGUGGAACAUCGAGAAUCACAACAACCCUGAGCUGCCAAACCCUCCUGAAGAUUUCAAGCUUCCAAAGACUUCCUUCUUCAAGGAUUUCGUCCAGUUGAACAUUGCUAUGAUGGCUACCAACAACGCCUUGGUUCCAGAUCCAGAGAAACAGGACGAUCUGGCCUCGAAGGCAUGGCAAUGGCCAACUCUGAACGUUGGUAUCAGACUCUGUGGAUGGGGUGACGACAACGUCAAGUAUUUCCUGAUUGGAUCUCCGGCUACCACCUGGACCUCGUCGAUGACGAUCCUUGUGUUUAUUGCCUUGCUGGUGCGAUACGUUCUCAGAUGGCAACGUCAAAUCAACGACUUUGAACAACAACCAGAGAAAUUCAACCUGUUCUUAAUGGGCGGACUGUAUCCGUUCCUUGGCUGGUUCUUGCAUUACUUCCCAUUCUGUAUCAUGGGAAGAGUCACCUAUGUGCACCACUACUUGCCAGCCUUGUAUUUUGCCAUGAUUGUGUUCUGUUACACCGUCACUCGUUUGUCUGAGAGAUUGAGCAAGCCUGCAACGUAUGCCCUAUACUUUGUGCUCUACGGAUUGGUGAUUGGCUGCUUUGUGUUCCUGAUGCCCGUCAGUUUUGGAAUGAGUGGUCCAAACCGCAACUACAAGUACCUCAAUCUGCUCAAAACAUGGAGAGUGGCCGAUUAG